GGGGGGCCUCGCGGCCCUACGUGGUGCCGAGCCAGGUCGCGAAGAUCCGAGUCUAGCGUCGCCGGUGGAUGGCUGUAUUCUGAUGUUGACAUUGUCUGAAGCUUGAUCUCUACAUGGUAGAAUCAUUGUGGACCAAGGUUCCCCUUUCUAGACGGAAAAGUGAAGAGGAAGAAGAACUUUGGUCCUUUGUGGUAUGAUGCACUGAACCCCAGUCCUUCACCUAGCACUUGAGCAGCGCCUGCAAAUGGCACCAUUGGAAACCAUGACCCAGGCUCUUCUGUUUGGGAGGGGAUUUCUGGCACAUUCUCCCAAACUCAGGUGAGCCGCUGAUGGCCACCCCACUGGCAGGUGCUGACUACUCUCCAAGCCCAGCCCCCGACGCCAUCGCUAACCCCAGAAUCUAAAUGCCACAGUGUUCUUGGGGCCAGUCAAGCUGGGGACCACUGUUGCCUUUUAAGAUCUUAGAACCAUGGGAAACGCCGAAAGCCAAAAUGUAGACCACGAGUUUUACCGGGAAAAGCACGCCAGCCUGGGGCGCAAGCACACGUCCCGCUCCCUGCGCCUGUCGCACAAGACGCGCCGCACGCGGCACGCCUCCUCGGGCAAGGUGAUCCACCGGAACUCCGAAGUGAGCAACCGAUCCAGCAGCACCCCGAGCAUCCCCCAGUCCCUGGCUGAAAAUGGCUUGGAGCCCUUCUCCCAGGAAGGGACCCUAGAGGACUUCGGGAGCCCCAUCUGGGUGGACCGCGUGGACAUGGGCCUGAGACCCGUGUCUUACACGGAUUCUUCCGUCACUCCCAGCGUGGACAGCAGCAUCGUGCUCACCGCAGCCUCGGUGCGGAGCGUGCCAGACUCGGAGGGGAGCAGGCUGGGCCGCGAGGAUGACGCGCCGUACUUGGCCGAGGGAGGCAGGAGGCAGCAUCCCUAUACAUCCAAUGGGCCCGCUUUCAUGGAGACAACGAGCUUUAAGAAGAAACGCUCCAAAUCUGCAGACAUCUGGCGGGAGGACAGCCUGGAAUUCUCACUCUCCGAUCUGAGCCAAGAACAUUUAACAAGCAACGAAGAAAUCUUGGGUUCUGCCGAAGAGAAGGACUGCGAGGAGGCUCGGGGGAUGGAAACGCAGGCGACUCCGCCGCAGCUCAGCACCUGUCAGCGUGCCAACUCCCUGGGUGACUUGUACGCUCAGAAAAACUCCGGGGCAGCAGCGAACGGGGGACCCAGGAGCAAAUUCACAGGCUACUGCCGGAAUUUGGUAUCUGAUAUUCCCGAUCUCGCAAACCAUAAGAUGCCACCAGCGGCUGCAGAAGAGAACCUUCCAUACAGUAAUUACAACACACUUCCCUGUAGGAAAUCGCACUGUCUUUCCGAAGGUGCCACCAACCCCCAAAUUAGCCAUAGCAACAGCAUGCACGGCAGAAGAUCCAAAACAACUCAGGAUGUCAACGCAGGCGAGGGCAGCGAGUUUGCCGACAGCGGGAUUGAAGGGGCCACUACGGACACGGACCUCCUGUCCAGGCGAUCCAAUGCCACCAACUCCAGCUACUCCCCCCCCACCGGCCGGGCCUUCGUGGGCAGUGACAGCGGCAGCAGCUCCACCGGGGAUGCCGCUCGCCAAGGGGUGUACGAGAACUUUCGGAGGGAGCUGGAGAUGAGUACCACCAACAGCGAGAGCCUGGAGGAAGCGGGCUCGGCGCACAGCGACGAGCAGAGCAGCGGCACGCUGAGCUCCCCGGGCCAGUCGGACAUCCUGCUGACCGCCGCGCAGGGCACUGUGCGCAAGGCCGGCGCGCUGGCCGUCAAGAACUUCCUGGUGCACAAGAAGAACAAGAAGGUGGAGUCGGCCACGCGCAGGAAGUGGAAGCACUACUGGGUGUCCCUGAAAGGAUGCACGCUCUUUUUCUACGAGAGUGACGGUAGAUCUGGCAUAGACCAUAACAGCAUCCCCAAGCACGCUGUCUGGGUGGAGAACAGCAUUGUGCAGGCCGUGCCUGAGCACCCCAAGAAGGACUUCGUCUUCUGCCUCAGUAACUCGUUGGGUGACGCCUUCCUCUUUCAGACCACCAGCCAGACAGAGCUGGAAAACUGGAUCACCGCCAUCCAUUCUGCCUGUGCAGCCGCCGUGGCAAGACACCACCACAAAGAAGACACGCUCCGGCUCCUGAAGUCCGAAAUCAAAAAGCUGGAGCAGAAGAUCGACAUGGAUGAGAAAAUGAAGAAAAUGGGUGAAAUGCAGCUGUCUUCAGUCACUGACUCAAAGAAGAAGAAAACUAUAUUAGAUCAGAUCUUUGUUUGGGAGCAGAAUCUUGAACAGUUCCAGAUGGACCUAUUCCGUUUCCGUUGUUAUUUAGCCAGUCUCCAAGGUGGGGAGCUGCCAAACCCCAAAAGGCUACUGGCUUUUGCAAGCCGACCAACCAAAGUAGCCAUGGGCCGCCUUGGGAUCUUCUCUGUGUCAUCUUUUCAUGCCCUGGUGGCUGCACGCACAGGUGAAACUGGAGUGAGGAGACGUACUCAGGCCAUGUCCAGAUCCGCAAGCAAGCGAAGGAGCAGGUUUUCUUCUCUUUGGGGUCUGGACACCACUUCCAAAAAGAAACAGGGACGCCCAAGCAUCAAUCAGGUGUUUGGAGAGGGAACUGACGCUGUAAAGAAAUCUUUGGAGGGAAUAUUUGAUGACAUUGUUCCAGAUGGCAAGAGGGAGAAAGAAGUGGUCUUACCUAGCGUCCACCAGCACAAUCCUGACUGCGACAUUUGGGUCCAUGAGUAUUUCACUCCAUCUUGGUUCUGUCUGCCCAAUAAUCAGCCAGCCCUGACUGUUGUCCGGCCAGGAGAUACUGCACGGGACACCCUGGAGCAUAUUUGCAAGACACAUCAACUGGAUCAUUCUGCUCAUUACCUGCGUCUGAAGUUUUUAAUAGCUAACAAAAUGCAGUUCUAUGUUCCGCAUCCCGAGGAGGACAUUUAUGAACUGCUGUAUAAAGAAAUUGAAAUUUGUCCAAAAGUCACGCAAAGCAUCCACAUGGAGAAGGCAGACGCAGCGGCUGACAAUUACGGCUUUUUGCUGUCCUCGGUGGAGGAGGAUGGGGUUCGGAGGCUAUACGUGAACAGCGUGAAGGACACUGGCUUAGCUUCCAAGAAAGGCCUGAAGGCGGGGGAUGAGAUUCUUGAGAUCAACAAUCGUGCUGCCGGCACCCUGAACUCCUCCACGCUCAAGGAUUUCCUCUUGCAGCCUUCCUUGGGUCUCCUGGUGAGGACCUACCCUGAGCUGGAGGGAGGAGCGGAGCUGCUGGAGAGCCCGCCCCACCGAGUGGACGGCCCUGCGGACCUCGGCGACAGUCCCCUGGCCUUCCUCGCCAGCAACCCAGGACACAGCCUCUGCAGCGAGCAGGGCAGCAGCGCGGACACGGCUCCAGAAGACACCGAAGGGCCAGAUAUGGAGUCUUCAGAUGAGACGGAUCACAGCAGCAAGAGUACGGAGCAGGUGGCCGCGUUCUGCCGCAGUUUGCACGAGAUGAGCUCGUCUGACACGAGCCCGUCGCCUCAGGACACCACGGGGCCUCAGCUGGCCACCAUGAGACAACUGUCAGACGCGGACAAGCUGCGGAAGGUCAUCUGCGAGCUCCUGGAGACCGAGCGUACCUACGUCAAAGACUUGAACUGUCUCAUGGAAAGAUAUCUGAAGCCUCUUCAGAAAGAGACGUUUCUCACCCAAGAUGAGCUCGAUGUGCUCUUUGGAAAUUUAACAGAAAUGGUAGAGUUUCAAGUAGAGUUUCUUAAAACUCUAGAAGAUGGAGUGAGACUGGUACCUGAUUUGGAAAAGCUUGAGAAAGUGGAUCAGUUUAAGAAAGUGCUGUUCUCUCUGGGGGGAUCCUUUCUGUACUACGCCGACCGCUUCAAGCUCUACAGUGCCUUCUGUGCCAGCCACACGAAAGUCCCCAAGGUUCUGGUGAAAGCCAAAACCGACACGGCCUUCAAGGCAUUCUUGGAUGCUCAGAAUCCAAGACAGCAGCACUCGUCCACCCUGGAGUCUUACCUCAUCAAGCCCAUCCAGCGAAUCCUCAAGUACCCGCUUCUGCUCAAGGAGCUCUUCGCGCUGACAGACGCGGAGAGCGAGGAGCACUAUCACCUGGAUGUGGCCAUCAAGACGAUGAACAAGGUUGCCAGUCACAUCAAUGAGAUGCAGAAAAUUCAUGAGGAAUUCGGGGCUGUGUUUGACCAGUUGAUUGCCGAGCAGACUGGUGAGAAGAAAGAGGUCGCAGAUCUGAGCAUGGGAGACCUGCUUUUGCACACCACGGUCAUCUGGCUAAACCCACCUGCCUCGCUGGGGAAGUGGAAAAAGGAACCGGAUCUGGCAGCCUUUGUGUUCAAAACAGCUGUGGUCCUCGUGUAUAAAGAUGGCUCCAAACAGAAGAAGAAACUUGUGGGCUCGCACAGGCUGUCAAUCUACGAGGAGUGGGACCCCUUCCGGUUUCGGCACAUGAUCCCCACUGAAGCCUUGCAGGUUCGAGCCUUGGCAAGUGCAGACGCAGAGGCGAAUGCCGUGUGUGAAAUUGUCCAUGUGAAGUCGGAAUCAGAGGGGAGGCCCGAGCGGGUCUUCCACCUGUGCUGCAGCUCCCCAGAGAGUCGAAAGGAUUUCCUGAAGGCCGUGCAUUCGAUCCUGCGAGAUAAGCACCGAAGACAGCUCCUCAAGACCGAGAGCCUCCCUUCGUCUCAGCAGUAUGUUCCGUUUGGAGGAAAGCGGUUGUGUGCUCUGAAAGGGGCCCGGCCAGCCAUGAGCAGGGCAGUGUCUGCCCCAAGCAAGUCUCUUGGGAGGAGAAGGCGGCGACUGGCACGCAACAGGUUUACCAUUGACUCAGAUGCCGUGGCGGCCAGCAGCCCGGAGAAAGAGCCCCAGCAGCCGCCCGGGCCAGGGGACACAGACCGCUGGGUGGAGGAGCAGUUCGAUCUUGCUCAGUACGAGGACCAGGAUGGCAUCAAGGAGACAGACAUCCUCAGUGACGACGACGAGUUCUGCGAGUCGGUGAAGGACGCCUCGGUGCACAGAGACCUCCAUGAGCGGCUGCAGGCCGCCUCCAUCAGCCAGCGGAGGGGCCUGGACAGCCACGCGUCACGCAUGAGCCAGCUCAAGAAGCAGGCCGCCCUCUCGGGCGUCAACGGCGGCGUGGACAGCGCCAGUGAGGAAGUGAUCUGGGUGAGACGUGAAGACUUCGCCCCUUCCAGGAAACUGAACACUGAGAUCUGACUUCUGUCCCCUUCUGUGGAGAACGUGUGUGUGUGUGUGUGUGUGUGUGUGUAGAUGCUGCCACCCUGCCCUGCCCUCCUGCCUGUCUACCCGUGCCAGCCUCCCCCUGCCCCCCAGAACGUCCCCGGGGUGUUCUGCACACACCAGUGUGGCAGCUGACGCGGGUCUGAAGCCAUGUAGCCACCUGCCCUUGACAUUCUUCACAACGGACAUCAGAGAGGAUCGCCCCGAACCCCAGAUCAGCUCGAGUCCUUCCACUAAGGUCUUGUGGUUAUUCUCAGUCAGGGCCUGAGGAAUUUGGAAAAACAAGACAAACUUGUUACCACUGAAAGCAAACCGGCUCCCUGCAGCAGCUGAACUCAUUUAAAGGUUAGCGUGUGCACACACAUGUACACACAUUCGCACACAGAACACACAGCUAUCUGGAGCCCAUCUUCCAGCUGAACUGAAACAUCUGUACAGCUUUCCGUGUUCAGGCCCUGUUUCUUCUUCAGUGUUGAGACUAUCUGUGUCUUUUUAAGAAUGUGUGAGGAAAAGGGUGGUUGUUUACGUGUCGAUGAGCCUUUCUUUUUCAUUUUUUGUUCUUUUUAAAUAUUUUUCUUCUGUGUUGGUCCGUGGCUGUUCUUAAUGCUAUGUCAUUGUUUGGAAGUUCUAGUUUUGCAUAGAAUUAUAAAGAUGCCAAACUCUUAGAGAAGAGGUCCAGAUUUAUCAUUUGAAAGAGAGAACACAAACAAACACUAUUUUUUGUAUUUUACCUGAGAUGCAGGGACUCAGAUAGGUGAGAAUUUUACAGUGUUAGGUUACAGAGAGUGAGACAUUGUGACUUUAUAUUUAUAUGAAAAGCCAACAAGGAGCUCAUGUUAAGAAUAAGCUUUUUUUUUUCCCCCCAAGAAGCAGAUUUUGGGGGGGUAAACGCUUGAAUCUGUAUUUGAGAUGGGAGUUUGGUUGGAGGGGGAACACGUGACAGGGAAUGGGCGGAGCCUGUGUAUCUGUCCCCAUGGCAGAGGACAGAAGCCUCCUUCUCAUGGGGUUGCCAUGGUGACCAUUGGUUUUUCCACCAGAAUCACAUCUUCAUCCAUAGAUCCCCCUCCCCACACCCUUGGCAGUCCAUAACCAAACCUCUGACCCAAACAACCUCUUCAAAAAACAUCUCUUGUGUUCAAUACUUUCUUCUUGCCAAUGAAACAGGGUAAUAAACAUGUCAAUUCCUAGUGUCUGAAAUAGAUAUCCAAAUGGAGGAAGAACAACUACAAUAAGAAAAACAAAUUAUAGCACUUUUAUUUUUUCUUUAAACAAAAAGGUUGAGUUUAAAUUGAGUUUAAACUCUUCUUAACAGACAGAAGAACACUUUUUCUUUUUUUGGGGGGGGGGAUAUCUAUUUGGUGUUUGACACAUCAGUAGGUACUUUAAAAACCUGAAUUUUAUAGUAGCUUAGGAAUUAUAUUUUAUAAGAAUCAGUUAUGACUUUAUAUUUCCAGACAAUAGAGAAGUUCAGAACAUCUCGCUCUUGGGCCUCGGCUUGCUUUCCCUCGCUCUCCUUGACCUCCCCUCCCUUUUCAGAUUUCCAGGGCUUUGAGCUUGAUCUUUUGAAAGUUUUAUUCUAUUAAAUUUUUGCUAUAUCUUCUGGUUUUCUUACAAAAAAAAAAGAACAAACAAAAAAGCUUUAGAAUGAUUUCUAUACCCUUUGUAUCACCGCAUUGUUCCCUUUCCUCUGGAGUUCGGUGGUGUCUGGAUGGGCCACGGAGCGCGGUGGG